CCCAACCAAACAUCGGAACCACCACUCCACUCCACACACCACAAACCCUCGCUCAUCCGCCGGCGCCGCCGUUGCCGUUGGCCAUGGCAUCCGCAGAGCAGGCGACGGCGGCCGACCCGCACAACAUGGAGGAAGCCGCGGAGAUCAUUCUGUCCUACAUCUACGACAACCUCCCCGACUUCCCCCUCUACAACGGCGCGCGCCUCGCCGCCCUCCCCGCCGCUCGCCGCGCCGACCACAUCAGCCGUCUCCCCGGCGACAUCCUGCGCAACAUCGUCGCCCGCCUCCCCGUCAAGGAGGCCGCGCGCACCGCCGCGCUCUCCUCCCGCUGGCGCGCGCUCUGGCGCUCCACGCCCCUCGUCCUCGUCGACAUCCACCUCCUCCCCAAAGCCCGAGCCUUUCGUCCCACGCCGGCCGACUCGCCGGCCGUGACCUCCGCCGUCUCCCGCAUCCUCGAGGCUCAUCCCGGCCCCUUCAGCUGCGUCCACCUCAUCUGCAGCCGCAUGAAAGCCUACAAGCCCCAGCUCGCGCGCUGGCUCCAGCUCCUCGCCGCCAAGGGCGUCCAGGAUCUCGUCGUCGUCAACCGCCCGUUGCCGCUCGACGUGCCCCUCCCCGCCUCGCUCUUCACAAUCGCCACCCUCACCCGCCUCUACGUUGGCAUCUGGAAGCUGCCGGGCACGGCCGCACUGCGUGGCGCCUCAUUUCCCCACCUCCGCGAGCUCGGCCUCUAUUUCGUCCAAAUGGAGCACGGCGUCGUCGACUCCCUCGUCGCCAGGAGCCCCGUCCUGGAGGUCCUCAACAUCAUGGGAUGCAUCAAUGGCGGGUUGCGUCUACGUGUCGUCAGCAAGACGCUCCGGUGCGUGCAAAUCUGCGGCUCUGUUCUGGAGGACAUCGCCGUGGUGAAGGCUCCAUGCCUCGAGCGGCUCAUCCUGUCAUCACCUAUUAAACCCGAUCGUGGCUUGUGCACCAGGCUCAGGAUUGGAGAUGCCCCCAGCCUGCACACGCUUGGAUACUUAGAGCCAGGGCAGGUCCUGGAGCUCCAAGGCACCGUCAUCAUGCCCGGGAUAAGGCCGAGCCAAAGUGCCAUGCUCACGGGCGUGAAGAUUCUGAGUUUGGAUGUCUGUUUCGGGGUUCGCAAUGAUGUCAAGAUGGUGCCCACUUUCCUCAAAUGCUUUCCCAACGCCGAGAGACUGCAUAUUGUGAGUAAAAAAUGUGAUGAACCCACUGGUGAGCCCCUCACCGUCAAGUUCUGGGAGGAGUCUGGUCCCAUUGAGAACGUCGUCUCGCGCAUCAACGUGUUGACUUUCCGUGAGUUCAAAGGGGACCGAGGCGAGGCUGGCUUCGUGGAGUACGUCUUUCAGAGUGCGCGGGCGCUGGAGGUGGCAGCUAUUUUCAUGGCCAAUCCAAGCUUCACGCGGUUCUCGACAGACGAGGCACUUGUCCGGGUGCAAUACAGCGCUAGGAACCUGACGAGCACAUCCUGCAAAAAGUGCGUCAUCUGGAGUAGCCGUCCUGAAGGCGGUGAUCCUUGGAGCCUCAGAGUCGGGGCAGAUUUCUCCUUGGAGGACCCGUUUAUGGUGAUAGAGGAGGACAACUGAGCUUUAGUGGACUCAUUUUUUUAUGCAAACUGUGAAGCGUGGUGCCCUUUUCGAUGGUCUUCCAAAUUUGUGGCUUGUGCCUGAUAAGCAGCAGACUUAUCAGCUGAUAUUUUGACCUGCUGUGUAAUGCAACCUUGGAACGUUCCAUUGCUAGUUGUGAUUUGGUGAUGAUAUAUACUAUAACACUAU